AUGGCUGACCAGAUGGCGGUACUGCAGCAGUUGCUGCUAGCGACCCUUGACCCUCGGCCCUCCGUACGGCAGGCAGCAGAGCAGCAGCUGACAGCUGCGAGACGGACAGACCUCGGUCAGUUUGUGAGCUCAAUGGCUGCGCUCAUUGCCUUAGAGCAGCCGCCUCAGGGGCCCCAGGGGGCUCCCGGCAGCGUUGAAGAUCUCCUUAUAGCAAAGCAGAUUGCUGCUGUGACCUUCAAGAACUCCAUCAGCGCUAAGGACAUGACGCUGGAUGGUGCAGCUGCACAGGCCUGGCGGGCGCUUCCAACCCCAACGAAAUCUGAAAUAAAGAAGCAAUUGUUAGCAGCUUUACAGACAGAGUGCACUCAGGUCGGCAACGCAGUGUGCCAGGCCUUGGCGAAGUUGGGGGUUAUAGAGCUACGAUCCUUGGAGUUUGAAGAUCUAUUACCUUCACUCCAGGACAUGGUGCAGCAGGCGGUUUCUUGUCAGCAGCCGCAGCAGCAACAGCUCGCCAAGGCAUGCGGACGACAUGCUCUCACGUGCCUGGCGUAUCUUUGCGAAGAACUUGCUGAUGUUGUUUCAGAAGGAGAGGAGCCGUCAGAAGUCCUCUCGGCAGACAGAUGCAAUGUCGUUCUCACAGCUGUGGUUCAUGGGUUGAAGGAUUCGGAUCCUCAGCUGAAGGUGGCGGCGUUGCGCGCUCUAUACCACGCACUGAUCUUCGCCAAGGAGAACUUCAAUAGAAAGGGAGAACGGGACUAUAUCAUCGCUUCGGUAGUGGAGGCUGGCGGCGCGUCGAAUCCGAGCCCCGUUCAAGUUGCAGCUUUUGAGUGCAUUGUGCAAAUUGCACAGGAGUAUUACUCCUUCUUAGAAGCAUAUAUGCCUACUGUCGGACCACUCACUUGGCAUGCACUGAAGGGGUCAGAUUCGGCAGUUGUUAUUGCGGCGUUGGAGGUGUGGAAUGCGUUGGCUGAGGAAGAGCUGGCGAUAAUAGAAGGCGAAUCAACCCGAUGGACUCUGUUGAAAAUCAUGGAGCAAGCUGCACCUUUCCUGCUUCCCCUCCUCCUAUCACAGCUUCUGAACGCAGCAGAGGACGAGGAUGAUGAUGACAGCUGGACCCCGGCUAUGGCCGCCGCUAUAUGCUUAGGCCUCUGCGCACAGGUAGUGAAAGAUGCAAUCCUUCCCCCCGUGCUAGAGUUCGUGCAGUUGAACUUUUCGUCUACUGAGUGGCGUCGGCGAGAGGCGUCUCUGUUGGCGUUGGGCUGCGUGAUGGAGGGACCAAGCGCAGAGGCAAUGGCCCCUUACGUCGCAACUUCGUUUCCAAUGUUGGUGAAGGCGGUUGCGUCGGAUGUUUCAGUAGCUGUGCGAGACAGCGCUGCAUGGACCCUUGGCAAGGCAGCGCAGCAGCAUGCACCUAUUGUGCUGCGCCAUCUGUUCCCGCCUGCCGGCGUGCAGCCAGCGGGUGCCCCCGCCAACAGCAGCGGUGAACUCCUGCUUGCUAUCGUUGAACGUCUUGCUGACCAGCCGAGGGUGGCAGUGCACAUCUGCUGGAUGCUUCAUGAACUAGCGGACAACAUUAACACACCUGAGGGCCGAGCGGCAUAUCAAGGAACAACCGAUGCGCAACAGCAAGAUCAAAAUCCAUUGGAUCCAAUAUUUCCCAAACUUUGUGAAGCCCUUUUGAGUGUCUCAGAACGGCCAGACGCUGACGAGAAGAAUUUGCGCGAAGCCGCGUUCAAUUGCAUGGGGGCGUUGAUUAAGAAUGCAGGGAGUGCAUGCUGGAACCAUCUUCUCUCGCUCCUUGAACACUUCGAGGGUCAGCUGAGGAAGUCUUUUUCAUUCGAACAGACGGAACAGACGAAACAGCGCCAGGGUAUGCUGUGUGGCGUUAUUCAAAUUCUCUGCCUACGCCUGGGUGACCAAGUAUGCUGUGUGGCGUUAUUCAAAUUCUCUGCCUACGCCUGGGUUUUCCAACGGCCUACAAACGGUGUGCAGGCUAACCAGGCUGAAGGCAGCACCUCUCCCAGCAAUCCGCAAGGGUUUGUCGUCAGCUCCGAGCCGAGCGUCUGCGAUGCACUUCUUGCACUUUCCGCCCUUAUCAAUUCCUCUGGUCCUGCGGUUUCUCCAUUUGCCGGGGAAGUGGCGGAUCUGCUGGUGCUGCAGAUGCAGCACCAGCACGAACCGCAAGAAGCGGCAUCGACAGAAGCUGCUGCAACCGCUACCACGCCAACAAACGACAGCAGCACCCCAGACGAGCUACAGGCUGCGCGCAUAUGUAUAGAGCUUGUCGGUGACCUUAGCCGGGCGCUGGGGACGGAGUUUGGAGGCCUUUCGGAUGCCCUUCUCCACGAAUUUUACCAGCUACUCAGAGCCCCUUCGGUGGACAGGUCUCUGAAGCCAGUUGUGAUUGUCGCAGUCGGAGAUGUAGCAUUGAGCCUCGGGGGUGCGAAGUUUGCGCGCUUCGCCCCAUGGCUGAUUGAGUUGUUGGUACAGGCGGGUGUCACCCCAUACGAUGCGGGCCCCCCCAACUGGCAAGCGGGUGUCACCCCAUACGAUGCGGGCCCCCCCAACUGGCAAGUUAAUGAGGAGUGGAUGUGGUAUGUGCACGAGCUGCGGUCAGCUACUCUUGAGGCAUUGGCCAGCUGCGUGUACGCCUUAAAAGAGGCGCAGUUGCAGGAAGUGUUGCGCAAAGAAGUCAAUGGGAUGCUGCAAGUCGUGAAGGCCGUCGCGGAAGCCCCGACUUGGGUCCACGGCUCAGCCCAGAUGGUGCAGCAAGCACUGGAGCUUACAGGGGACCUCCUAUCGACAUUUGGGCGGACACUGGGGGGCCACUUGCGCUCUGCAAGCUUCGUCGUUCAGCUUCAGAGGGAAGCCGAGCGCCUGGCAACCGAGGAAGGCAAUGCAGCUGUUGGAGAGAAAGCUCAGUGGCUCGCUCAGUUGCUGAGUCACUACAGUUAA